AUGCCCUUUCUUCCCGAAUCUUCGGGCUUCCAAGGAAAUAUUCUCCCGCCAUUCACGGUGCUAACCAAGGGCACGCAGCAGGAAACGAUGGGAAAGUUCGUGGCGAAGCCAGUGACCCUCUUCAUGUACCCGCCUGGUGUGACCUCGGCAUGCGGCUUGGGGUUGGCCUUCAGAGUCAACUUCACCUUUGCUCUCAUGCCCCAGUCUGGUACUGCAAGUUCCAGCGGCUUUGCAUUUGUAAUCGCGGCGAAGCCCAAGGCAGGGAAACCUGGUGGUGUGGGGUAUAGUGGAGUGGGACCCAGGAGCAUAGCCGUGGUAUUCGACACGCUUCAGGAUGAUGCGGGCGAGCAGCACGUGGGGCUGAGCAUCAACGGCGCAGAGGAACCCUUGGUCAAGGAGGUGUCGCCAUUCACUCUGACAGACGGCGACUCAUACAAGGCGUGGGUGGACUAUGAGCCUAGGGAUCCCAACACCAUUCAAGUGUUCCUGGCGAAUUCAAAGACGAAACCAGAGGAGCCGCUGCUACAGGGAAAGGUGUCGCUGUGUGCGGUGCUGCAGCCGGGAGUGAAGCAGCCGGCGUUCUCGUUUGGCUUUGUGGCGUCCACCACUAUGAAGCCCUUCCAGCUGCAUGGCAUUCUCUUCUCCUCUGUGCAAACAGGCAAGAGGUCACAUUUGCACCGACUCGAGCCAGUCCCUUUUCGCGCUAUUGUGGAGGCGGCAUACGGCAUUGCAAAGCAGCAGAGCGCUCCCCGGCUGGCAGUGGAGGCGCUCUUCGCCCUCAUGGGGCUCUCCGACUCCGACAAGUGCUCCGCUGGCGGCUCCCCCACCCACGCCUUUGAGACAAUCACAGUGGGCUCACAGGAGCCGACGACCUGGUAG